AUGGUUAACAGCUUGACGUCGCCCUUCGUUCUGCAAUGGAUGGUGGUCAACGCACAAGGUCUCCUGAUAUCCUUGAGGGGCGGGCAAGAGCCCGUGUCCUUUUUCCGCCGAAAGGCACUCGCAUACCUCACCCUGAAGGACCGGCUGGAGGGGAGCCGUGGGGAAUCACUCCCUGAUGACUUUAUCAUGGGCAUUAUCAUGGCGACCGUGGCAGAGUCGCGGAUAUCGCCACCUGGCGUCUCAAACGUCCAUCUCAAGGCCUAUGAAGCAGUCGUGGCUGGAAGAGGAGGUCUCAGGAGCAUCAUUCUCGCUUCUUCCGCUGGUCCGAUUCCGUCCACGUGCCAUUUCAUGCCGUAUAUCGUCAGCGAACUCCCGCCCAGCGAACUGGUCUUUCGGAAAGACCACGCUGACCAAGCGAUCGAGGUCCUCCAAUUUCUCGCCCGGGGAGAAAACAACGUCGACCCUUCAAAGUUGAUCUUCAGCACCACCACCACAGCAACAACUCAAGGUCCGCGCUCGUCUUCUCGGCUAGAAUCUUCCUCAUCAUUAAAGCUGACGUUGGACGACGAGGACGUAUAUGAUCCCCCCGUGGUGUCACGGGCACUCGAACCGUUCCUCCAGCCCGACACGUGGGACUAUCCACGGUACAUCAAGAUCUCCUCGCACUUCCAGGCCUUGUUCAUCAUGGUAUCAACACUGUGGAAACUACGUCGGACUGCGCUCCUGCAACAAUUCUUCCUCGACCGGGUGCAUCGCAUUUUCGUCAUGAGCAGCGCCCAGGACCCGUCUUCCGGCAAGUACCUGCUCAAUCUCGAGGGGUUUUCCUGGGUCGUGGUGAAAGCGGCAUUGGAGGUCUACGAGUCCUUUGGUGACAAAGAAGUCACGCACGCGAACCAGGUCGACAUGAUGGUCGAUGCCGUCUGCGCUUUGAAGCUUCUCAUGGUCUGCUGUGGGUCGGUCAGGCGGAAAUUGAUUGCUUUUCUCUGUGAGUGUCUUGACGACGUUCGCGAGAUACCCAGCACAACAGGCGCUGGCCUGAGGUAG